AUGUCUCUCCCCCAUUCCGCGUACGACCCUCGGCGUGUCUUUCGCUUCAACCUCCCCACAUUCGAGAUCGGUCCCAGGACUCGCUCAAUUGGUACAUACGUCUCUGGAGGUGUAUUCGCCCUCGCCUACUUUCUCCUCUUCGACGCCGCCACUCUCUCAUCCCACGCCAAACCUCCCCCCGAUGCACCUUAUGAUGUCGUCCCCGUCCAUAUGGCAUUUGUAGACUGGAUCCCCGCCAUCAUCUCCACCUUCGGCUUCAUCAUCACAUCGAUCCUCGACAAGUCCCAUCUCACUUCUGCAUUCUCUUCCGACCCCUGGGCUUCCGAAGGUUCAGCCGCUUGGCGAGCGAGGGUGGUCCUGUUUAUUGGCGUUGCGAUGAUGGCUGGAGGUCUCGCCGGCAGCUUGUGUGUUCUCAUCCUCAAGUAUAUCAUCCCCGACUUUUCCGGCUACUUGUGGUACGGCGGUGCGAAUGUGGCUUGUAACACUGGUAUCAUGAUUUCCGCUAUGAUCCUCUGGAUCGCUCAAAGCGGCAGCGACGAGUAUGAGUACCAGCUCACCGUCUAG